AUGGCGUCCGUCGACACGUAUUUUUCGGUCUUGUCUCUGUUCAUCCUUUUCAGAGAGACCAUUGAGGCGUCCAUCAUUUGCAGUAUUCUGUUACAGUUCUUGAAUCGCUCAAAGCCAGGAUUGAAGAAAGCAGUUUGGUAUGGGGUCGCCGCCGGCGUCGGUGUCAGCAUAGUAUUUGGCGUGAUCUUCAUCGCCAUAUAUUACACGGCCCGAGAUAACCUCUUUUCUGGGAAAAAACGUGCUAUGUUUAAAGGUGUUAUCUCGUGGAUCGCCGCCUUUCUCAUUACCAUCUUGGGCUUUGCCAUGCUCCGGUUCCUGGGCUGGGAGGCUAAGUGGAAACGGAAGCUGGAAGCAGCCAUGGCAGCGAAGGUGCCGGACGUUGUCGCCGAGCCCACGGAUGGCGCUGCCGCUGCCACCAAUGACACCAACUGCGUCACCUCUUCUGCCGCUGGUGCCGUACAGCUGCCCGUACGCAAAUCCUCCUCGCCAGUGUUGUCGGCCUCACCCACGCUCGCCACGACCUCCUCCAGCUCCGCCUCCGCCACCACCUCCGAUGUCAAACAAGUCGCUAAGGAGCCGGGCAACGCCGUCAUCAGCGCCGAUGACGUCGAGGCCGCGGUGCCGGGUGUCGUCGCUGUCUCUAAGCUGUCUUCCUCAGGCGUUUCGACACCGAACGCCCCAGGUGGAGAUGAAGUGGCAGCAGCACCGCUUGAUAACGUAGACCGCUCCCCGCCGACGCGCAAGGAAAUCUUGAACAUUUUUGUUUUGGUCUUCACGACCGUCGUUCGGGAGGGUAUCGAGUCUGUUGUCUUCCUUGGCGGGUUGGCCAACGUCAAGGUGACGGCAAUUCCGUUGCCUGCCUUCGUCGGGAUUGCGUGCGGGUGCCUGGUAGGCAUUUUUCUGUACUACUCAGGCCGCCAAGUCAAGGACAUCAAGUGGCUCGUCAUUAUUAUGGCCAUCAUCAUUUUCUUCAUCGCCGCCGGGCAGGUUAACUUGGGAACUGACGCGCUUAUGAACGCCGACGCGUUCGGUUACUGCUCGCCCUGGCUUGACGAGCGGCCAUGGUAUAUGGUGCCCAUUUACAACUGGUCCAAGUGUUGCUCCGAUAUCGACCCAAAGGGCACCGAGCCCGUGGACCAACAAAACCGGCAGCGGUUCUUUGCUCUGGUGCGGGCGAUCUUCGGUUACCAGGAUAAGGGCACGCCGUUGGAGAUCAUCUCGUACUGCUGCUACUGGGGCCUUGUGCUGAUCUUGAUGGCAUGGAAGGCUUGGAGAGGCACGCUGCUGGAUGCGGAUUACAAGUACAAGAGGCAGCAGCGGAAGUUGGCCAAGGAGGAGGCGGCGCGGGCGGCGGCGGAGGCUGAGAGUGCCGACGCGCUGGAGGGGGGUGCUGCCGCGGGCACAGGCGCGGUGCAUGCUGGCGCAGGAGGCGAAGUGACAGCCGCACGCAGAUGGUUACGAUCGUGCAGUCAGUGCACCUGGACACCGGCUUGCUUUAGGCGGGACCAAAGGUGAUAGAGCUCGAGGGGGGCGAGGGGUUUCUGGUAGGUGAUUCACCAUGGCGCUGAGGGGCAAGGACGGGACUCUUUGACCUUUGACAGGAGGGUGCAGGAGAGCAGGGGAGAAAGGGGAGAUGUCGGGCUUUGGCCAUUCGUAGUAAUGCUGAUCCUUCGGCGUUGGCCCUGCAGCGUCAUUAUUAUUGUGCGUGUGCACGGCUGGAUAUGCUACGGAGGGUGCAUGCGACGAGGAACAAAUGGCUUAAGAGGGUCCCGAGUGAAGAGCUGGCUUGACGGUGGUGACGCGGGGCAAUGGCAGGCAAAUUGCAACGAGUGUGAUUUAUUUUUUCAUCGUAUUACAAUGUACGCGCUAUCUGUGUGGCAACGGUGUGGAUAGGGUCUCUCCAUGCUUCGGGUAUCCUCGGUAUCUGACUCAUCAUACAGAAAGUCUCCGCAAGCGUUCCCUACCCGGCAAUGAACGAUAUGCAUAAGUGCCAGAACGCACUCGGCAUGUUGCAGGAAUAGCUUGGUCAGCAAAUGUAUCAUGGAAACGGAAGAGGGGACGCAAGGGGAGCACAUGCAGAGAUUUUACAUAAUUUGUGGCUGAAACGCACUUUGGCAAUUUUGGUGAAAGCGCACCUCGCAAAGAUUUGCGCGAUGCGCUGUGAUUAUGUCGUCAGUCGAUGUUUAAGUGGUGUUAGACGUGUAUUCACGUGCUGGUCAGGUGAUGAUGUUAUCCAGGCGACGUUAGCGAAAGAAUGUGGUGGGCAAUCCACUAUCGCAUUAGAUGGAACCUGGGCGGAACAGGGCGGGACGAAGUGAUGUGUUGUAGAUAGUGAUGGUACAUCCUCUAUUGAGGAUGCCCAUCGGCGUUAGAGGUUGAACUAUGCAGGGCUCAAGUUCGUUGUCCUCUUGGAUUUUGGCGAGCAGCUCGCUCUACCAGCAGGUUUGGCUAGGGCGCAGAACUUGUUCGCGUUGGUGAGGUCAGCCUGGACAUGUCCGAUAUACCGUUUAUUACCGACAACAAACACUCCAGACUGAAUUCCUAAGACUGAAUCCUAAACUGGAACGGCAUGCCUCUUUGUAAGUGUCAUGGAUA